AGCCACUCUGGGAUUACAGAUAUUGAAAGGUAUAGUAAAAGAUACAUGAAGGUAUACAAGGAAGAAUGGAUACCAGAUUGGAGAAGACUUCCAAGAGAGAUGAUGCCAAGAAAUAAAUGUAAAAAAGCAGGCCCAAAACCCAAAAAGGCAAAAGACGCAGGCAAAGGCACAUCACUCACUAAUACUGCAGAUGUGUUGAAAAAAAUUGAGGAAUUGGAAAAAAGAGACGAUGGUGAAAAAUCAGAUGAGGAAAAUGAAGAUAAAGAAGGCAGCAAAGAGAAAAGUAAAGAAGGUGAUGAUGACGAUGACGAUGAUGCUGCAGAACAGGAGGAAUAUGAUGAAGAAGAGCAAGAAGAGGAAAAUGACUACAUUAAUUCAUACUUUGAAGAUGGAGAUGAUUUUGGCGCAGACAGUGAUGACAACAUGGAUGAAGCAACCUAUUAGGCAUGAAAUUUUUCAAAAAAUAUUUUUAUGACGCAGCUUCUGAACAUUUGGACAGACUUGAUUUGUAUUUUGUCUCUGAUAAGGAACAAAUAUUUAUUUUUGUUUUGUUUUGUUUUGUUUUGGACAAAUAUUUGUUACCAAAAUAUUCAAAACCACUUUGAGUUUACAUACUAGUAACCUUACAAAUUAGUCCCUGACAUUCUGACAUUCCUUCUAAACACCUCUGCCAUCUCUCUCACGUACUCUCAUGGAUUUUUUUUUUUAUUAUUAUUUGAAUAUGAAUGUGCCUAAAGAAUUUUUGCUCUAUUAUAAUCUAUGUCUAUGUACUUGAAGAAAUCAUUCUUGCUUAACUGCUGAUCUUUUGUAUAACUACUGCUAGUCAUAAUAGAUUUCUAUAACCUGAAAGUUGAUAUAAUACAGCACAUGGAGCACUUUAAAAACAAAGAAACUUGAAAAUAAUUUUAUUUUUUACCUUUACAUGGUGUGUUCUAGACUACUGCAUUAUGACUACAUAAACCUACCUGAGCUCUUACAAGUACAGAAUUGUGAGAUAGAGGUUUUGUGAUGGAAAACAUACACACAGGGAAAAAUACCAAACUGAGCAAUAUGAAUGUCACAACUCACAUCUUAGCCAGUACAAAGAAACUCUCACAUGGGGUGAAUAUUAUAAAUACUUGAAUUUGGGACUAACUUAAUACUGUAUGAUAUAUGAAUUAAUCAUCCCACUGUAAUAACUGACAUCUUCAAAUAGUUGGGCUUAUGAAAAAUUUGACUAAGACAUUUUAUUUAAUUUUAUAUUUUAUGUAAAUGUGAAGUAAGUUCUGGUCAUAUAAAUACCAUGUAGAAUGCAUGUGUGUGAACUCUAUGAAGUGUGGUGGCCUUUUAUGUUUCAGAGUACUCAAGCUGUACAAUUGAUUUAUAUAAAAAUGCAAAAUGAACUCAGGUCAUUUUGAAAUUAAGAUUAAUUUUUUUUGUUGUUUAACUUCAAAGCUAGCUCUCCUAACUUUAUAUUUUGGGAAAAAUACCUAAAAACCUCAGCCUACAAAGACUCUCACAAAUGCCAAAGAUUUUCAAGGAAAUUCAUAUUAUAUAUUUCAAAAAUGAUUUAUCAAUGUGAUCUACCAAAAAAAUUUAUUUUUCCCCUUUAGGAAGAUAUUAUUAUCCUCUAAUGUGAGAAUCAGAUCCCUAGAUUCUGUUUCUACCUGUACUAUUAAACUCAACCUUGAACCUGAGCUUGGUUGUUUCUGUGCCUUAGUGUCUCUACUCAUAAACAAUUUCCUACAAAAAUUGUGUAAACACCAACCAAAAUUUACCAUAUGUAUUCAUUCUCUUGCCUUAAAGAUCAGUUCUUAAUUUACAUUUGGCCCUCACCCUCUAAAAAUUUGUAGUUUGGAGAGUAACUGAAAACACAAUUUUAAGAAACAUGUUUUCCUCACAAAAUAUAAUCUUAUUUUCCUAUCUUGUAUUCAUGCAGAAAAUUGGAGAAAAUGUGUAUUGUCUUGUGCCAUUUUGCAACAUGAAUUUCUCAGGAAAAAGAUCACUUUCAAUGGCAAUACUUUCUUAAGUAAUUCAAGAUGGGUGUGAGGACCUAUCUUAUUAGUUUAGAGCUGUGUUAACCAUUUGUGAAUUACUUCUUGUUUAAAGGAAGUUGUCAAAAAAUUUUUAAGAUUCUAAAUGGAAUAUAUGAAUAAAGUAAGCCGUAGAAUAGAAACCUCACAAAAAGUUGUCAUUUGCGGUUGAUAAUUAACAUAGGUGUUUUAUUCUUUCAACUCCUUAGUACCAGAGCCAAAUACCAAUUAGUUCUCGGAAAUCUUAUCAAUAUUGUUCUGUUUACUUACUUAUUAUAAAUCUGCAGAUAACCACUUGAACCAGGCAAAUACACUGAAGAUAAAGGUUAUUUCUUUUUUUAGCUUUGAAUUUGUCAUGACAAUUUUAGUCUUGCAGAUAGCAGGGCAGCCCCUUAGGGCAAGGAUUUACUCUGGGAGGUACCAGCCAUACCCUUUAAGAGCCUUCUUUCCCCCUUUGAAAGAUCUUUUUACAAUGUUAAAGUAUAGUAGUUGUGAGAACAAGCAGGAUUUGCAGGUUGCUUUACCAGCAUGAAUCUCAUUUUUCUGGCUUAAAAUCUGAGACUGUGAAAUUAUUCCAUAGGAAAGUGAAUGUUAUUUUGCAGAAUUAGCCUGUUACAUAAAAGUAUUUGUUGAAGUGUCUUUAAAAUUGCUAUCAUGAGCAAAACUGUUUGGUUGCUGUAAUGCUUAUUUUUCUGUAUUUAUUUACACAUUAAAUUCUUACAAAA